GCCAAAGUCACCCUUUUGGGGUGGGCAACAAGUUCAUUUUGCUAUCUGUUGCUUGCGUCGGACGUUACGUACCUACCUAUUGCAAGGAUUACGUUUGUCACUGAAGCAAGCCAAGCAAUCCACCUCUCCACCUGAGCUGUGGCCGUGCGCGUUUAAACGAGCCGAAAACAGUCCUGAACGAGCUUCGAAUCCCCCAUUUGCGAAGCACCACGUCAUACUUGCCUUUUCCUGAAAGCCCAGGCCCCUUACAGUCUCGACGGUUAAACCCAUCUCAUCGACAAAUCUGUACGAUACGUCUGCCCAUCAGGGCAGCUUUCCAUUUCAACCCAGAGAGUACACUGCCGCCAUAACUCUCCAAUCAGGUGGCUCACAAGAUGGCAGGCAUCGAGCAGCUUGAAAUACACAGCAAGUCGUACAUCGUCCGUUGGGUCAAAGUCGAGGAUGGCUACACCGUCUCGUGGAGCGUGCAACCGCACAAGAAGUCAAUAAAUUUCGGCAUCGUUAAGCAUCCCGGCAGCGCCGGCACGAACCUAGCCACCACCGCAGGCCAAACUGACGACUCUUCAUUGACGAUCGACAACUCUGUCAACGAUGGCUCCAACGACCCCAAGGGCGGCGCCAGCGGAUCUGGCGGCCUCUUCAAGCGGGACGCGAGCACCGCUGAAGAACAGCUGUCGAAAAAGGGCUUCAAGAUGAUCAAGUGGCACGGCAAAUGUCCAGCGGAUAAGGUCACGACGGGCACCUACGACGUCGCACCAGGGCAUAGCGGAAUGUAUGGAAUGGUAUUCGACAACACCUUCUCAAAACAAACGUCAAAAAACGCCACCAUUGUGCUCCUCACAUACCCUACCGGCUCCGCCCCGCAGCCCGGCCACACCCUCUCGAACCUCAAGGCCGGCUCCACUGCCAGCGCGAGCCGAACGAGCCUUGGCCGCCAGUCACACACAAGCCCCAUGAUCGGUGCAACCAACGAGAGUCUCGAUAGUCUGCACAGCCAACAGCAGCUUCCCGGCCGCUCGCGUUCUUUGGCUUCGCAGGGAGGAGGCGGACCUUCGAAUGCCCAUACGGGGAUCCUCAUGAAGCGCAGGCGCAAGAAGGGUCAGGGCUACGCGAAGCGCUUCUUUUCACUCGACUAUGCCACUUGUACCUUGUCUUACUAUCACAACCGGAACUCGUCCGCCCUGCGGGGUGCCAUUCCUCUCAGCCUGGCUGCCAUUGCUGCCGAUGAGCGCAGGAGGGAGAUCAGCAUCGACUCAGGCGCCGAGAUUUGGCACCUCAAGGCCCCAAAUGAUAAGGAGUUUGCCGAGUGGGCGAGCGCCUUGACAAGGGCCUCUCGGAUCGCCAGAGGUGCAGAGCCCCCAACCGCCGGAGGGGCAGCAGGCGGUAGUUCUACGCAGCGGGCUUUUGGCGGGCCAGGUGGCUCUGUCGCGCCGCCCAACAACCCACAGGAGGAGGACCGGGAGUGGCAGCAAGUCGAGGCGCUUGUUAGCCGUGUUGUGGGAACUCGCGAUGCGCUCAGGAGGCUUGUUAAGGAUAUGUCGGUGCAGAACCACGCCGUGACAUCCCCACGGCCUACUACUGGACACAGAUCCGUGUCUUCUGCCACGCCUGUCGCAGAAGAGGGCGACGGGUAUUUCCAGGGGGUUGAGAAGAGGCCGUUCUGGAAGCGCAAGUCCAGUGCAGUCGUGACUACUCCACAAUCCUUCCACUCUGCCUCGACUGCUUUAGCAGUCCCCAGCCCGAAUACUACGACUGUUACCGCAAAUGGCGGUUCUGGCGAUAAGCGCAAGUCCAAGACGUACAGCCUACAUGAGCAGAGCAUGUAUGGCGUGCAAGAAAACUGCAAGGCCCUGCUUGGCGAUCUGGACUCGGUAGUCUCAGAGUUUUCCCAGCUACUGGCCACAAGCAAGCGGAGACGAAUGCCGGUGCCCCAAUCGGCGGCAUCUCGGAACAGUAUUGAGUCCACCUCGACAGAGGAGUUCUUCGAUGCCGCUGAGGGCACCGAGGGCCGUUCGGAGCUGCUCAUGAUAGAUAACCAGAGCGAGGAGUCACCGAAUUCAGAAGCAGAGGACGAAUUCGGCUCUGCUCAGGAUGCUUCCGACCGAUCUUCUGUGUCUUCAGUUGGGGAUGGGGACGAUCUCACUCGCACUGGUACAGUCGACAACAGCAACCUUUAUUACCCAGCCAAACCCAAAUCUCUUGAUCCGCUCCCUAUAACCACCACAAUACAACGCAGGCGUACCAUCCCACCUGCGACCACAAUGCCUCCCAGUCUCAUCGCGUUCGUUAGGAAGAACGUCGGCAAGGAUCUGAGUACCAUAAGCAUGCCUGUUUCGUCCAACGAGCCCAUAUCACUCCUCCAGCGCAUGGCUGAGCAGCUCGAAUAUGCAAAUCUGCUUGACACGGCGGCCAAGCAGAAGCUGGAAACGGACAGGCUUCUGUAUGUGACCGCUUUUGCAGUGUCCCAAUUCAGCAGCACCCGGGCAAAGGAGCGUGCUAUCCGCAAACCGUUCAACCCUCUCCUCGGUGAGACUUUCGAGAUGCUCAGGACGGAGUCAGAAUGCCCCGGUGGGGUGCGGCUACUUGUUGAGAAGGUCUCGCACCGCCCCGUACGGCUGGCGAUGCACGCCGACGGUGCCUCCUGGAGCUUCGCGCAGGCGCCUGCGCCCACUCAAAAGUUCUGGGGCAAGAGCAUGGAGCUGACGACGGAGGGCAAGGCCCGCGUGGUCUUGAGACUGCCCGACGGUGGGGAGGAGCACUACAGCUGGGGGGUGGCCACUGUAUUCCUCCGCAACGUGGUCAUGGGUGAGAAGUACGUCGAGCCUGUGGGUAGUAUGGCGGUCAACAACGAGUCAACGGGCUCGCGGGCCGCCGUUGAGUUCCGAACCAAGGGCAUGUUUGGCGGCCGGGGCGAGGACGUGCAGGUUGAGACCUGGGGGCCGGAUGGCGUGCACACAGGCACUUCGCUGGCGGGCACCUGGACUCAGAGCCUACGCAAGGUCGAGGCGGGCAAGUCGGCCGGAGCCGAGGUGUGGAAGGUCGGCAGUCUAGUGGAAAACGCUAGCCAGGUCUACGGCAUGACGACGUUUGUGGCUUCAAUGAAUGAGAUUACGGAACUCGAGAAAGACAAGCUGCCACCGACGGACUCACGCCUGCGGCCCGACCAGCGCCUGGCCGAACAGGGCAAGCUGGACGACGCGGAGAACUUCAAGGUCCAGCUUGAAGAGGCGCAGAGGGCGCGUAGGAGGGCGCUCGAGGAGCGUGGGGAGCAGCAUCGCCCAAGAUGGUUCGUCAAAGUCGCCGAGGGACCCGAUGGGGACGAGGUCUGGCGGCUCAAGGGCGGCAAGGAUGGCUACUGGGAGGAGAGAGCUAAGGGGACAUGGACUGGAGUUGAGGAUAUAUUCAAGCAUUAAAGAGGAGAUAACUCGGAUGUGCCGGGAUAAAUAUGUUUUCUGUUUAGUCUUUGUUUUUUUUUAUUCGUUUUUUUGCUUUCGCUUUUAUCUUUUCCGCGAAAAUCUGUCUUUCAAGGCGUAUUUAUACCUAUCGCAUAUCUGUGGAUUUGCGACGUCAUUUCAAUCUUCGUUUUCGUUUAUUAUUAGGGAUUGUAUGGUCCGCGGAAAAGAAAAAAACAGGUUAGAAGAAUGCUAGAAGCUUUUUUUUAUUUUUUUUUAUUUUUUUAUUUUUUUUUUUGAGCUGAAUGCUUGC